GCGCGCGCGCGUCGUGUUAGUUUAAUCAAUUCCAACAUGGCGGCGGGGAGCGGGGAUGUGAUGUCAGAGUCGCAGGGAUCGAGUACGCCGAGUAUGCGCUAUUGUGCGGUCUAUGAUUGUACACAUAGCCACAAGACGCACCCGCAGCUUGCUUACUUCGGGUUCCCGAGUGAUAAGGAAAGGAUUAAAGUAUGGGCGGAGAAGAUCCGGCGUCCCGACAUCAUCCAGAGCGACGGGCGCGUGUCGGGCUACUACCGCGUGUGCGAGGUGCACUUCAACCCGCGGCUCGUGAACGCCAGGGGCAACCUGCAGCGGCGGCGGCUAAGCAAGCGGGCCGUGCCCGAGCUGAGGCUGCCGCAUCCUGGGCCUUACGUGCACGUCGCUGAUCUAGCCGUGCCCGCACAGUUGCAGGUAAAGGGCAAGACAUUGGUAAAAAGCACGCUAGAAGUUUGCGAGUACGUCGGUGAGGCGCCCAAACCGAAAACCAAGAAGAAGAAGAAGGUCCCUCAACCGCCAAAGCUAGUCUCGCUGCCCGCACUCGAAGGAUUGUUCUCCGACUGCGACAGGCACCUCGCCCCAAACACAGCGGAGUUCGUGAAGCUCGUAGCUCGGUUGCAGGCAGCCCAGGAUAACGACCUUUGUGUCAAGUUGCUUCACUCGAACCCCCAAGCGUAUCGUCUCCUGCAAAUCUCGCUGAGACUCCCACCCGUAUGCGCGCUACAUCGCCACUGCGCGUCGCAACUACCUGAUUUCAACGCUGCUGUCGGUCUCCUAAAAACUAGGGCUGAUCAAAUGACGGAAUUAGACAAACACUGCACUCUUAGCGUACAAUUUGUAGACGCAAGGAAGCUUCUAUACUACAACAUAACUUUCGAUAGGAUUGUCGGAUUGCAUGAAGUCGACGGCACGCAGAAAGCAUUGGUGGCGACUCGUGGGGUAGUUGUAACGGCGAGAGGAUUGUUGAAGAACUGGACGCAGCCUGUAGCUCUUUGCUAUUUAGCGAAAGACGACGAGACUUUUAAUCGCUGGAUCGACAAGAUCAUCAACCGUCUUCACACCAUUGGGCUGACGGUACACGCAUUGGUCUGCGAUCCUACAGCACCUCCUUUCCGGGAGGUCUCGCCCGAAGAGCCUUUCUUCUUCGUCGGCGAUACCAAGAUCUACCUCCUCUACGACCCGCCGCGCUUGAUGAAGAAGCUGCUUUGUGAAUUUAUGGCCUACGAUUUUCAUUUCGACAAGACGAUAGCAAAGUGGAGCGAUAUACAGAAGUACAGGAAGAUGGAAAGGAAUAAGGCUUUGACUUUAACACCUAGUUUGACGUGCGUCCGUCUGCAGUCUGUCACAAUGCAUCUUAUGAAGCCUCAGCGAGCCGCGCGCCUCCUGUCCCGUGCACUGGCCACUGCUUUAACCGACCGCGCUGAACAGGGCCGUCUCAGCGACAGCGCACGAGCCACCGCUAACUUCAUUAUCAAAAUCAACAAUCUCUACGAUCUCCUGAACUCUACCACAAUGAAAACUAGCUCGGAGUUCCAAAAGGGACUGUCGCAAGACUCGAAUCAAGUCGGUUUCCUCACAUACAUGAAGUCAUUUUUCAAAACGUUAAAGUUGGAACAAAGCUUUUGUUUCGACAAAGUCGCAACUAAGAAGCUCUCCGACAGCUGGCGGGUGACGAUCGAGGCCGUGCUGGCGCUGCAAAAGGACUUACAACCGCUGCGACCGUACUUACUAACACGCAACUUACAUUUGGAUGACAGCGUAGCUGAGAGAGCGCGGCUCGCUGUGCGCUCAGGCUUUCCGAGCUGCCAGCAGAUAUUUAGUGCUUUCAAGAUGCAGUUCUUUCAUGAAAUGCUGCAGUCCAGUGAGACGAGAAGCGUAGAUUUAAACGAUCUACUGGCACAAGUCGUAAGCGGCGCUGCCAAUGGUCCUCAAAGCGAUCCUAUGGAAAUACACGAUGAUAUACCUGUAAGACCAACUGACUACCGAAAUCUGCGGCUGCCGAAGACUUACAGUCUUAUGUUAGUAGCAAACCACUUACUUCGCGCGGCUUCGCGGGUUCACGGUGACUGUGCUCGUUCUGUUGAAUAUUUGAAUGCCCCACCAGAGCCAGACUUCCUUCAACUUGUGGAGAAUUUGGAUGAAGCAUUGACGAGUGCUUUGAGGGAAGGUGUCGGAGCCAGUAGGCUCCUGCGGGAGCUUCUGCUGGACGUGCACGUGCUGGACUGCGCGUUGCCGUGCGCGUGCUUCCCGCUCGACUACCUCAAGAGACUGUUCUUCCGUUUAAGGCUGUACAGCAUCCUUAGACAUAACCAGAAACAUUUCAAAACCGGCGACACUGGUCUUCAAAUUAACAAUUUAGAAUAAAUUAAUCAUUAAGU